CCCUUCUCUCACUCUCUCUCCCACCUCACAUUUGCCAGUACCAGAACUCUGGCAACCAGCGACAGCAUUGUGUCUUCUUGGCGAAGAGAUUGAGCGAGGGAAAGGAUAGGCAGGACGGUGAAAGAUAGAGAAAGACAGACACAGAGGGGGAGAGAGACGAGAUUGACAUAUGGACAGGGGGUGAUGGCGGAGACCCGCACCUUCCAUCUCCACGUUUUGAGUGUGUCUUCGUUCAAAGGAGCAACUUCCAAUCAAAAAAAACCAUACAUCUACGUUUCCCAGUCGCUUGGCCUCGCUCUGACUUCUUCUCUUUGUAAAUGUUUUUUUCUCUGAAUAUUUAUAAUUAUUUAUAAAUGUUUAAGAAUAUGAGCAGUGGUAUCAGACAGCGUGGCUCCAAUUCUGACCUCAUAAGUUGACAGACAGACGCUGACAGGCUGCAGUGGAGUGUGAGCGACUUAAAGGAGGAGGGAGAGGACGCUAAACACUGAGCAGAUACAUGUGCGUUCUCCGAUCACUCGAACUCUGAGGGAUUUUGUACGCCAUACUGACGAGCCACAGUGGAUGUCAUAAUGUAUAUGGACGAGACACAGACUUGCAGCACGCACGCUGGGCAGCUGAGAAGAGCGACACCUUGACAGUGACGGGGUUUCCUUCAGAGACUUCACCACCAUGAUGGAGAAGCUGAACUCCACUGGCCCGCCUGCCUCACCUCACGACAUACCUCGCCCCUCCUCCUCUUCUUCAUCCUCUGCCUCCUCACCAUCGUGUGCAUCCAUGGAGCAUAGCAGCCCUCUCUACAGCCAGCAGUCAGCAUCCUUGGAUGCUAUCGGCAGCCCACAACCCACUAACAAGACAGGGCACAAGGGACACACGGAUGUCCCUACUCCUGGCUCGACACAGGCCCCCAUCACCCCAAACACGGUGUUAACCAAUCACCAAGCAGAUACAACUGCUGCACCUGAGCCCAUUGCCAUGGAAACGGAGGAAGAAGAGGACGAGGAAAAACUAGGGGGGCCAAAGAGUACCACUGCUCCUGCUGCUUCAGCCAACGGGUCCCCAACUCUUUCCUCGCCACCUCCGCUCCUCCCGGCACCAGCAAAGACUUCCCCAUGCCCUCUUCCCCCUCCAACCUCCACAGCUGCCUUCCCUUCAUCCUCAUCAUCCUCUCCUCUUCCUCCCCACAUUCCAGUUAUCAGCCUUGGCCACAGCAAGCCCCCACUGCCACUCCCAAAUACCCCUUUGACUGCCCUCCACCCAAUUCCCAACCUCUUACACGGGCCACAUGGAGACAUUCGCCGCGGCCAGUUGAACUGUUUACCUGUGGUCAGCCCUGGAGCUUCUGGACCUACUGGAGGUCCCGUAGGUCCCACAGCUGCUUCUCCAGGGCCCCUGUUGCCUCAUCAGUACCUGCCUGGUCACCCCUUCUUCACCAGUUCUUACCUGGGUUCUUCAGGAGGAAGCUAUGGUGUCAUCAGCAACAACCGCAUCAAGAGGAGACCCUCCUCGCACUUUGAGAUGGAGAUGAAUGAAUGCCCUCCCCAGAAACUCGCCCGCCGCGUCUUCACCAACAGCCGUGAACGCUGGCGACAGCAGAACGUCAACGGGGCUUUCUCCGAGCUGAGGAAACUCAUUCCCACGCACCCACCCGACAAGAAACUCAGCAAGAACGAAAUCCUCCGCCUGGCCGUGAAGUACAUCAACUUCCUGGUCACACUGCUCAAUGACCAGGACCAAGACAAGAGCAGGGACUCGGCUGAGGAUGAUGUGGAGGAUGAGAGCAUUGCUCCUGGUUUGGCAGGCAAAAAACUGAACCCUCGUUUUCAGUGCGACACUCCGCCGCCAUCCCACUCUGCCCUGCCUGCGUCAGCCCGUCCCGCUUUGGCGUUAGCCCACAGAGACAGAGACUCAACUGACUCAAUCAGUGCCCUGGCUAAUUCCCCAGCAACGUCCAGUUGCUAUGGAGACACGGACAGUGAAGAAAGCUUUGGUGCUAAGACCUCUUUGGUGACCCAAGGCAUUCUGGGAAAGGUCAAGAGUCAGAUAGGGAUGGUGGCAGCAUCGAAUGAUGAGCGGUGACACCAAAAGGCAGCAAACACUGGGAGUUUAAAUGCCGGGCAAACAGACGGAGAUAUCAAAAAUGUUUGAUUAACUGCAGAAAGAUGUGAAUACGUUUUAAAAAAGAGGGAUUUUUUUAAAUGAAUUUUGCAGGUUUGAGAGCCUCUUUGUCUUUUCUGGCAAUGUUGAUUGUGAAGCUGUCAUUUAGUGAAACACCAAACUGUGCUUUGAGGCAGGCUGAGACAUGAAACUUAACAGAACAUUCAAACCACCUUCAUAUCCAAAUAUGGUAACAAUGAUCCUUUAAUAACCAUUAUACAGCUAAAACUGUAAAAGAAAAAAGACACGAAACAAGGCCCUGAUUACAUGUGCUUAUAAAAGUAAUCCGGGGAAUUUAAAAUCUUCUUAGAAAAUGGAUAAAAAUGGAAGAUUUGUGGAAAAAAAUCAUGAAAAUCAAAUAUUUUGUCAGUCUCUGAAGUUUACAUGUAAAUAAUCAGCUUGCCUCAGUGCAGUUAUGGUAACUUAGAGUGCCUGCAGAGAAAUGCAUUGCAUGCAGUGGUGAUUUGACGUUGCCGUUUUUUAAUGUCCUCGCUGCUCUUAUUGUCUGAAAAGCAGGGCUGAUGGUUCCACCCUGACAUUGUGACACACUUGUAAGAGACAGAAAUAAAGUGUGUUUUAGUUUGCUGUUCCUUA